AUGGAUAUUCCAAUUGGCUGGAAGGAUCGAUGCUUGUUUCUGCAUACCUCGUCAUCGGUACGUUUCCUAUUCGCUGAUCAAAAAACUGAAGAUGUGUUUGAUCCAACAGGACAGGAGACGAAAGAGCGUGUUACCGUAGACCCUGAUGAAGUGUUCGGUGUUGAUGGAAGCAGAGGCGUAGCAAAUGUUAUUAUCAAAUGGCCAGGGGCAAAAAAGCAAUCUACGCUUGCUAUACAGGAGUUGAAGAAAAUAACGCGCCACUCGUAUACUGCGGACGAUUCUGGAAAUUUCGUUCCAGUAAUCGGGUUCGAAUGUCGAGGAUUGGAACCAACUCGCUGCCACACGCCCAACAGUGGAUUUUCUGCGAAGGGAUUGAGCGGUCGAAAAUUCGAAGACAUUGAUUUGUCUCUCGAUGAAUGGUGUGACUACGAUGAAAAAAAAGAGCUUUCUGUUGGUAUUUACGAUGUUGAGUGGAAAUUUGAGAUAAGCCGGUAG